UGAAUAAUCAUGCCUGCGGUUUACAGUUGAUGUUCCAGGCCUGGCUUGUUAUUCCCAUGGAGGCACCUUCUGUGCAAAGUCAGCGGCACUUGUGCUCCUUGUCCAAAGAGGAUCGUGAGUGCGACAAUGAUGACAACAACAACCUUGACAGGAUAAGUCAUGACGACGACCCUUGGGAGUGGUGGAAUGUUAUUAGGAGUGUGGCUGGUGCAGAAAAGCGCAUAGGUGUAGCACUUCGGCUGACUGCUGACGUGCCAUCCCCAGAGACGUUACGUCGCUGGUUGGGGGAACCUGUCAGAUGUAUUGUGAUAAGCACCUCAGUCUUCCUGACAAACAAAAGGGGCUUUCCUGUUUUACCCCGAGCUCACCAAGUAGUUAUUCAUCAGUUUUUCAAGCUUGGAAGCCAGCUGAUGGUUGAUGGGAGCUGUCGUCACGAACACAUGAGGCUGUACUAUCAGUACCUUGACCACCUUUACAAUACACAGCCUCCAGAUGACCCCUUGAGUGAAUUUUCCAAAGGGUUUGAAGACUAUCUGCAAACACCACUUCAGCCCCUGAUGGACAACCUGGAGUCAGUGACAUAUGAAAUUUUUGAAAAGGAUCCAGUGAAGUACACAGAGUAUCAGAGGGCCAUGUACCUUGCUCUCAUGGACAAAGGUGCCAAAGUUGGCAAGGACAAAGAAAUGUGAGUGUCUGAAAAUCGAA